CUACAUUUCCAAAACUGUUCAUUGCUUCACAGACCACCAGAGAUCCUGACUGAAGACAGAUCCUAAUUCUUCUCUCCCUCAAGAUUUCAGGCUGUAUCAAUGGAGUCUCUCUCAGUGUCAACCAACAGCUUUACUCUGGACCUUUACAAAAAGCUGAAUGAAACUUCCAGAGGCCAAAACAUUUUCUUCUCUCCUUGGAGUAUUGCAACUGCUCUCGCCAUGGUCUACCUGGGUGCAAAAGGUGACACUGCAACACAGAUGGCUGAGGUUCUUCAUUUUAACCAGGCUGCAAGAGAAGAAAGCUCAUCUGGGACAACAAGGCCUUCUCUGGGGAGUCCAAAGAGAAGAAAGAUGGAUCCUGAGCACAAGCAAGCUGAAAACAUCCACUCUGGCUUCAAAGAGCUUCUGUCUGCCUUGAACAAACCCAGAAGUACCUACUUGCUUAAGAGUGCCAAUCGACUGUAUGGGGAAAAGACCUACCCAUUACUGCCCAAAUUCUCACAGCUCAUUACAAACUAUUACAAUGCAAAGCCACAAGCUGUAAACUUUAGGACAGCUGCAGAACAAGCCAGAGCACAAAUCAAUUCUUGGGUUGAAAAUGAAACUGGGAGGAAAAUACAAGGUUUGCUGCCUGCAGGAUCUCUCAGUUCUCGCACUGUGUUGGUCUUAGUGAAUGCCAUUUAUUUCAGAGGAAAUUGGGAAAAGAAAUUUCUGGAGAAAAAUACUUCUGAGACACCCUUCAGAGUGAGCAAGACCAAGACUAAACUGGUACAGAUGAUGUUUCUGAGAGAUACAUUUUUGAUACUCCAUGAAACAACCAUGAAAUUCAAAAUCAUUGAACUGCCGUACGUGGAAAAUGAACUGAGCAUGUUUGUCCUCCUACCAGAUGACAUCAAUGAUAACACUACGGGUCUGGAGCUGAUAGAAAGAGAGCUGACCUACGAGAAACUGGCUGAAUGGACCAAACCAGCCAAUAUGAUGAAAGCUGAAGUGGAUCUGUACCUGCCCAAGUUGAAAGUGGAAGAGAAUUAUGACCUUAAAUCCACUUUGAGCAGCAUGGGAAUACAAAAUGCUUUUGACCCUGUUCAGGCUGAUUUCACAGGGAUGUCAGUGAAGAAGGAUCUUUUCAUCUCAAAAGUUAUUCACAAAGCUUUUGUGGAGGUCAACGAAGAAGGUACUGAGGCAGCAGCUGCCACAGGUGUUCUGGUGCUAAGAUCAAAAGCACCAACAAUGACUUUUAAAGCUGACCACCCUUUUCUCUUCUUCAUCAGACACAACAAAUCACAAACCAUUCUCUUCUAUGGCAGACUCUGCUCACCCUAUUAUGGGAGAAGAGAAAUAGGAGAAAAGUUACUGCUGUUUAUAGUGGAGCUACUAGCAGAAAAUUUUCGUCAAGUAAUUCUGCAGACGUCUGCCAGAGUGGCUGUUAGGUAUAAAUCACAGCAUGCGCAUGUACCAACCAUGGAUAGCCUCUGUGCAGCAAAUACCGCUUUCGCGCUCGACCUCUUAAGAAAGCUGUGUGAGAACAGAAGUGGGCAGAAUCUGUUCUUUUCUCCUUUUAGUAUUUCUUCUUCAUUGUCUAUGGUUCUGCUGGGUUCAAAAGGUAACACUGGAGCCCAAAUAGUAAAGGUGCUUUCUCUGAAAACGGCUGAGGAUGCUCACAAUGGGUAUCAGUCACUUCUCUCUGAAAUUAAUGAUCCAAACACCAAAUAUAUACUGAGAACUGCUAACCGACUUUAUGGAGAAAAGACAUUUGAGUUUCUCUCAUCAUUUGUAGAGUUGAGUCAAAAAUCCUACCAUGCUGGACUAGAAAAGACUGACUUCAUGCGUGCGUGGGAGGAUUCCAGAAAACAAAUAAAUGGCUGGGUAGAGGAAAGGACUGAAGGUAAAAUUCAGAACCUGUUGGGAGAGGGCAUUCUCGAUUCACUGACCAGACUUGUGUUGGUGAAUGCCAUCUAUUUCAAAGGCAACUGGGCAAAGCAGUUUGACAAAGAGAGGACAGCAGAAGUGCCAUUUCAAAUAAACAAGGAAGAGACCAGACCUGUGCAGAUGAUGUGCAGGAAGGAUAAGUUUAACAUGGCCUAUCUUUGGGACUUGCAGACCAAAAUCCUUGAGCUCCCUUAUGUUGGUAAUGAGCUCAGCAUGAUUAUCCUGCUCCCUGAUGCAAUUCAGGAUGGGUCCACUGGCUUGGAAAGCCUGGAAAGAGAACUCACAUAUGAGAAGGUGAGAGAUUGGCUCAAUCCACAAGCGAUGGAAUGCAUAGAGGUGAAGGUGUCUUUACCCAGAUUUAAACUGGAAGAAAAUUAUAAUCUGAAGCCCGUCCUGAGCAGCAUGGGAAUGCCUGAUGCGUUUGACUUAGGGAAGGCAGACUUCUCAGGGAUUUCAUCUGACAAUGAGCUGGUGCUUUCAGAAGUGAUUCACAAGUCCUUUGUGGAAGUCAAUGAAGAAGGCACUGAAGCAGCAGCUGCCACAGCAGGAGUGAUGAUGAUGCGCUGCGCGAUGAUUGUUGAAGACUUCACUGCAGAUCAUCCCUUCCUUUUCUUCAUCCGGCACAACAAAACUUCCACCAUUUUGUUCUGUGGAAGAUUUUGUUCUCCCUCUGUAACCAUGGAGACUCUGUGUAAUGCCAACGGCAGAUUUGCACUUGAUCUACUCAGAAGGUUUAAUGAGACCAACCCAACAGGCAACGUUUUCUUCUCUCCCCUCAGUGUCUCUGCUGCUCUGGCCAUGGUCCUUUUAGGGUCCAAAGGUAAUACAGAGGCACAGAUGCUGAAGACACUUCAUUUUGACAAAGUUGAAGAUACUCACUCCAGAUUUCAGACUCUGACUAUGGAUAUAAACAGAAGCAAUGCUCCCUAUCUCCUACGGCUUGCCAGUCGGCUUUUUGGAGAGAAGUCCUACACCUUUUUACCGGAUUUCGUGACUAAUAUUCAGAAAUUCUAUGGAGCUGAUUUGGCUACAGUUGAUUUUCUUCAGGCUAGUGAUGAAGCCAGGAAAGAAAUUAACCAGUGGGUAGAAGAGAAAACUGAAGGUAAAAUCCUUCAUCUGCUGUCUGAAGGCUCUGUUGACAACAUGACCAGGCUCGUAUUGGUGAAUGCUAUUUAUUUCAAAGGGAACUGGGCAGAGAAAUUUAAAGAAGCUGACACCACUGACAUGCCGUUUCGGUUAAAUAAGAAUGAAAGAAAGACAGUGAAAAUGAUGUAUCAGAAAAAUAAAUUUCAUUUUGGGUACAUCCCUGAAGAGAAGAUCCGUGUGUUAGAGCUGCUUUAUGAUGGAGAAGAAGUUAGUAUGAUCAUCCUGUUACCUGAUGACAUUGAAGAUAACUCCACUGGUCUGCAGAAGCUGGAAAAGCAGCUUACCUUAGAGAAGCUUCAGGAAUGGACAUGUCCGGAGCGUUUGUAUUCCACUGAUGUUCGUGUGCAUUUGCCAAAGUUUAGGCUAGAAGAAAGCUAUGACCUUAAAUCAGAUUUAGCUGCUAUGGGCUUGGUGGAUGUAUUUGACAGUGGUAAGGCUGACUUGUCGGGAAUGUCAGGGGCACGUGACCUCUUUCUCUCUAAAAUUGUCCACAAAGCUUUUGUAGAAGUGAAUGAGGAAGGUACGGAAGCUGCAGCUGCUACUGCUGGCAUUGCUAUGCUCUGCAUGGCUAUUGAAGAGGAUUUCAAUGCGGACCAUCCUUUCCUUUUCUUUAUUCGCCACAACCCCACACAAAGCAUACUUUUCUUCGGCAGAUACACUUCUCCAUAAAAGAGAACUUGGCAUUUGCAGAUCAGUUCCUGCUGUAGUCAGUGAAAGCUUAGCUCAUGAAUGAGUUGGCUUUUGAUGUAGAAAGUUAAUGCUCCUGUCUUGAGUUCCUAGUAACUUUGACUAAGAUUCUGCCUUUCCCAUAAAAACAGUCCCAAAGGAACUGAGGAGUAGUUUAUUUUUCUUAAAGACAUCAUCUUUAAUAAUGAGGAAAAUCUUAACUGUAGGCAGAAGAAAUCUUUUGAAGUUGGACUAGAAAUACUCUUGGAAGAAACUUGUGCCUUUUAAAGCACAGGAUUACCCUCUAUGCAGCCUUCCAUGGGUUUAUCUGUGUUGACAGUCCCCUAUUGUAAUAACAAUAAUUCAGUCAUUCCUUAUGCACGUAUAUUAGGGUGUUUGUGCAAAGCUACUCCUCCCCUAAAGUCUUGCUUUUCAAAAGCACUUUAAUAAAAUACUUCUAGGCACCAAAAGGCAUGUUCCUGAACAGCUGAGUUUACCCAGUUCUGUCGUGAAAUAGAAGGUCAGAUAACAUUUGUUUAGAGACAUCUAUUAAUAGAGAAAGGAUUAAGCUAUUUAAACAAAAUUAACCCUUUCUAGUCAUUACCCAGAAAACUUACAGUACAGCUUUUGAACGAGAAGUUAAUAGUAACUUUAGGUGACAUUUUUAAAGAGGACCUUAAAAAUUUAUAGUCUGGCACCAUUUUAGUUAUUGAAAACGUGAAAAUGUCCCAGGGCUUAGAGGUUUUAGCUGCUUGAAGCUAAUGGGUGUCUUUCUUUUGUGCAAGUUCAAAAGCUUUCAAUAUGACAUUUAUGUCUGGCCAGAACCUAUGUGAUCCUCAAAAAAUACUUAGCU